AUGUCAGACGAUUCGAAAGAAAUGCGGUCCUUGGCCUUGACUCCAACAUGGUCUGUUGCUACAGUAUUGACAAUCUUCGUAGCUGUUUCUUUGAUUGUGGAGCGCUUAAUUCACCGCUUGAGUAAUUGGUUGCGGAGAACAAAUCGAAAACCUCUGCUUGCAGCUGUGGAGAAGAUGAAAGAAGAGUUGAUGCUUCUAGGAUUCAUAUCACUCCUUCUGACAGCUACCUCAAGCACAAUAGCAAACAUUUGCAUUUCAUCAAAGUUCUAUGACAGCAAAUUUGCUCCAUGCACCAGGUCUGAGAUUGACGAAGAAACAGAACAAAAUGUUUCUGGGGACCGUAAACUGCUAAUGCUUUCUGCAUUUCCAGUUCCACACUCACUUCGGAGAAUGUUGAAUAGCUUGGAUAAAAAUACCUGCAAAGAGGGGCACGAGCCAUUUGUUUCAUAUCAAGGUCUCGAGCAGUUACACCGCUUCAUUUUUGUCAUGGCAAUCACUCAUGUAUCUUACAGUUGCUUGACAAUGUUGCUUGCAAUUGUGAAGAUCCACAGUUGGAGACAAUGGGAGGAUGAGGCUCAUAUGGACCAUCAGGACUCCUUAACAGAAAUUGCACGAGAGAAGACAAUGCGGAGGCAAACAACCUUCGUUAGAUAUCACACGUCAAAUCCUUUGACCAGGAAUAGCUUUCUUAUUUGGGUGACAUGCUUCUUCCGCCAGUUUGGCCGCUCAGUUGUUCGCACUGACUACCUUACACUUCGCAAGGGCUUCAUCACGAAUCACAACCUCCCUUUGAAAUAUGAUUUUCACGGCUACAUGAUUCGCUCAAUGGAAGAAGAAUUUCAAAGGAUUGUUGGUGUGAGUGCUCCACUAUGGGGAUUUGUUGUUGCUUUCAUGUUGUUUAAUAUUAAAGGGUCUAAUCUCUAUUUCUGGAUAGCGAUCAUUCCUAUCACUCUUGUUCUUCUGGUGGGCGCAAAGCUACAGCAUGUUAUUGCAACCUUGGCAUUGGAGAAUGCUGGCAUAACUGGAUAUUUUGGAGGUACAAAGCUGAGGCCUCGAGAUGAGCUUUUCUGGUUCAAGAAGCCAGAACUGUUGUUGUCUUUGAUCCACUUUGUUCUGUUCCAGAAUGCAUUUGAGUUGGCUUCAUUUUUUUGGUUCUGGUGGCAGUUUGGCUAUAAUUCAUGCUUUAUUCGGAACCAUUUUAUUGUAUACUUACGGCUUGUUUUUGGUUUUGCAGGACAGUUCCUCUGCAGCUACAGCACGUUGCCACUGUAUGCACUAGUAACUCAGAUGGGAACAAACUAUAAGGCUGCUUUAAUUCCACAAAGGAUAAGGGAAACAAUUCAUGGAUGGGGAAAGGAAGCUAGAAGAAAGAGAAGAAAUGGAUUUUGGGUUGAUGACUCAACAACUGUACGCACAGACACCAGCACAGUUUUAUCACUCGAGGAAGAUGAUCGUCAGUUGACAGAUAUUCCUGAUAAUGCUGAUACUACAUUCCAUGAAAUUGAGUUACAGCCACACUCCGUUAGCAUAAAUGUACCUUCCCCAGUUGCUAACGAAACCUCAAGUCGGGUUGGAACACCUCUCCUCCGGCCCUCUGCCUCCAUUUCUCCAUCAACACCAUAUAAUCUGCAUAUUGAAGGCAUUACACGAUCUUCUUCUUUGCCGGCCAGAAGAGAGUGAAGCAAAAUGUGAAGGACGACAUAGAAGGCCAGACUGAUUCAACAAUACGGAUUUUGCUUCAUCAUUGCGACAAAACAACAAUAGAGGGCGCGGCUAAAUUUCUGUUUAGCAAAAUUAUGGAUCGAAAUGAAGGAUUAAGUCGGAUAGAAUACUCUGGCUGUAAGUUGUAGAAUGGACUAAGGAAUCAUUUUAUGAAUUUUUCUGUAAUAGUCUUCUUGGUAGUUCUGAAUUAGAAAAUGUAGUAACAUUUUCUCCACUUUGUUUCAGUAUGAAGAUACUUCUUAUUUCAUUUUC